AUGUCAUCUCCAGAACAGGAUAUCGUGUUCUUCACAAAUAGCGAACAUGGCCAGUCCAACGUGGCGCUCGCUGUCGCCGGGGAGUUUUUGCGCCGCGGCGAGUUUCGCGUACACAUCGCCUCGUUCAGUGCAUUGGCGCCUCGAGUACAGUCCUUGAACGAAAACACUAACUACAGCUCGUCUGCAAUAUUCCACACAAUCCCAGGCCCAUCUUUAGCAGAUAUCGUCCUCCGUGAUAAUGUCGAUUUAUGCCACAAACCUGGGCUUCUUGGGGCCAUAGAUGGUUUUCGGAAAAUGAACACGUCUAUCCUGGCAUAUAAGCCUUCGGAAUAUAUCCAAAACUAUCGAAAAUGUCUCGAGAUUUUACAAGAACUUCGGCCAGAUGUGGUUGUUGUGGAUCCAGUUUUCCACAUUGCCCUGGAUGCAUGUCGUGUAUUCCACGCCCACACGGUUAUCCUUUGGCCUGUUCCUGUCAAGGACGUCGUCAUCACAAUUCAACCGAAUGCUGGUAUCUUUUGGAAAUUUCCAAUGACCGGCUCCGGAUAUCCUUUCCCUAUACCGUGGACUCUCAUUCCAGCGAACAUCUUCCUGAUGUUCCGCCUGAUCCUCGACCUGGGCCUUGGAAAACCCCUACGUGAACUAUUAAGAUUCCGAAAAGAAGCCGACAUCCAGCAUCCGUUCCCACUCACACAGCCAUACCAAAAAGAUUACCUACACCUAACCCCGGCAUUCCCAAAGAUGGACUUUCCGCUAUACAUCCCCGACAACGUCAUAAGCUGUGGCCCGAUCCUUCGAGAAUGUCCAUCUUUUUCAACGUCAGAUCCCUCCUUGAGCGCCUGGCUGAAUAAACCAACUAUUCUUAUUAGUCUGGGAUCACACUUCCAGGCAACGGAGAGCGGUGCGGUGGAAAUGACAACUGGCCUUGGGCAAGUCUUCGAGAAAUAUCCCGCAAUGCAGAUCUUAUGGAAGUUGCGAUAUAACUGGGAAUCUUCGGCCAAGCUUCGAAGUCUGUUAGGGCCUCUCGUCGAUGCAGGCACCUUGAGAGUCGUGGAAUGGCUGGAGCCAAAUAUAAUUUCGGUUUUGAACAGCGGUCAUAUCGUUGCUUUUGUUCAUCAUGGAGGAGCGAACUCUUUCUUUGAAGCAUGCAAAGCGGGUGUUCCGCAAGUUGUCCUACCUCAAUGGCUUGACACUUACGACUGCGCUGCACGAGUCGAGUGGCUGGGUAUAGGGCUUUAUGGCAGCCGUUCUAUGGCGCCGAGCCUUAAUGCCGUCGAGUUCUCUGAGACUCUGCUCACGAUUAUACAGAAGGAGGAAAUUCGAGCCAAAGCAAGGAAAAUAGCAGAUCUAUGUGCGACCACAGAAGGGCGUGUGUUGGCUCAUGAUCGAAUCGUGCAAUAUGCCCAGCGCAACAGGCAUGAAGAUUGA